AUGGGAAUGGCUUUGAAAAAGUUGAUUGAAGGGGCUAUUCAGAGCGCUACUAAGAGUCUUAAUGAUAGGAAAGAGCAACUGGAAUGUCCUGAAACUAAUGGUCAUCCUCAUUGUAAGGCGCUUAAGGAUCAAAUUGCUACAGCCAAUGAACCUGAAAAAUCUAAAAAGAAAUCCGUCUUGAAGAAACAUUAUGAUGAAGUUCAUUACCUUACUGAUGAUGCCAGGGGGAGAGCCUUGGAUGAUAUUGAUGCCCGCCGUAUCUCUCUUGGUAAGCUUGCCGGACAGCUGGGUGGAUUUAUUGGCAAAAGUGACGCUGUUACUAACGCAAUUAAUAAUGCUAUUACCACUAUUAUUGACAGUAAUGAAGACUUCAAAAGCCUUAAAAUGUCUCCGUCUUCGACUGCGCUUUCUUCCGCUGCCGUGUCUGCUGAGCCUAUAAAUGAUGAUGAGCUUGAGAAGGAAAUUCAGCAUUAUGAAGCACUUAAAAAGCCUCUUGAAGAUAAGAAAAGUGGCAAAAAUCCUCCCCUCUCCUCUGAAGAGUCUCGCCUUUUAUCCUCUCAUCAGUCCAAGUUGGAUGCUCUUCAGAGGCUGAAGAGCCUUAAUGAGUCUUUGAGUUCUCUUAAUAAUCAACAAAGUGAUAACUGUAAAAAGCUUUUAGAUAACCUGUGCUCUGGCUUGGAGAAGUUCCUUGGUUACCAAGAAACUUCCAAAGGCUACGACGGCUCCGGCAUCGUGUACUCCGACCUUGACAGGCUAUGCGACGGGGUGAUGGCGUUCUUGCACGGGGUGCUCAGUGGAGUGAAGGAUGAUGAUAACGUUAAGCAUUAUUUUCCUGUUACUGAAAUGGACAAGAUACUUCAAGAAAUUCAAGCAUCUAUGCAUCAAAAAGGUGCGCUCGGGACGUGGGACGGAGAGGUCACGGGGAAGACAGAGAGGGUGAAAGACUAUUUUAAUAAUAUUAAUGCUGUCACUAUAAAGCACUUCAACACUUCACUUAGCGAACUUAGCGGUUGUGGUCCCGGCGAAGUUGCCGACAAAUUGGGUAACUGUUUCAUCCAUGCAGAUGCUAUAUUAAAUGCGUUCAAGCUAGCUGAGUCAUACUAUAGUGACCUAGACCCUAAACUUGGAGAUAAGUUGAAGGAUUCAAUAUAUAAAAUACAUGUGCAGGUAGCGAAGUUCCAUGGAGCGGCGACUAAUACGGAGUUGCGCAACCUUUUGGACUGUAGUGCAAGGCAGUUGAAUGCGAUAAGUGAGUUCGUCGCAAAACGGGCUGCACAACGUUUGAGUGAACUCCAAGCGUAUUUGAGGGAUGAGAUUGGAGUUGUAGAAUCAAAUCUCGACGGAUUACGUUCGAACAAAUUUAAGGAAUUGCAAAAUGCUCUCUACCAGGACCUUCACAAGGCUUUCAAGGAGGUAGAGGGCGGGAUUACAAGUGUUAUAAGUAAGUAUGAUAAUAAGAUUUUCCAGCCGGUUGGAAUUAUCAAGAGCGCUUCGGAUAGUUUCAAAACGGAAAUCAAUGAGACUAGAAUUUCUCUUCAGGAAGCCAUCCAGGUAGUGGAGGGAGAGAUCAGGAAGCUGGAGAAUUUUAGAGAUCUGGAGAGUAUCGGAGCUAGCCUAAAAGGAACGGUACAGUUAUUAAGCGCUAUUAAUAGUGAUCCAUUUGAUCGUGUCAAAAGUAUUUCACUUCACUUGAAACUGGUGUAA